AACCCUAACUUCAUCUUUCCCACGUGUCUCCUCCUUCGCCUGCACAGGUCCAAUCCAAGGACACAACAUCUACUCACGGCUGCACCUCCCUAACCAGCCAAGUUCUCCGGCGUCGUCGGAACCAUCACAGCCCUUAAAACUCGAGCCACGGCCGUUUCUGUCAGCGGCACCAUCUUCUCCUUCCCCCUUCCUAUUCUGAAACUCAAAUCGGGAACCAACAUACCCCUUCCUCGAGAACACCACCGUGCAACCUGGAGGUCGCUGCCACGACAGCGACGACUUCAACGUCGGUCUUUCGCCACAGUCAAGAUGCAAGUCGCACGCGAGCAGUGUUGAUCCCACUUCUCAAGCUCGCUGGUGGCGCGAUGCUCACCAUUCGCGACAGACACCGCUCCUUCCGCCGCGUUGCCUUCCAUAGUCACUCACGCUUUCUCCUUUCUUUUCCUCCCACCAUUUGUACUUUGAUUGGGCUCACAGGGCGUCAAUGUCCGUGACAUUGGAGAACGCAACAUCAACACCAAAACGACAGAAACUUGCAAGAGUGAACUAGUGAACCACGCAAUUGUUACCUAGCAGUGUAGGUAUCCUCUGGUAAUGAGCAGUGAUGCUGCCAAGACAUGUUCAAACUCUUGGUGAUCUCCUCGAGAGAUUUAAACUAGUUCAUUUUUCAAAACUCAGAGGUAUACAUGGACAUUUUUGUCUUUGGUACUCCACUCUGUCGACUUGCAAUGAGAUACCAAAAAAGCUCAACAAGUUUGAGCGGAAACCGCUAGUGACAAGUUUUAACGAGCUUAAGCGAGAAGCUGGGCUGAAGAAAAAGGAGAGACAAAUGGUGCAUGAGAUUGUAUUACAACCUCCUGAAAAUGGCAUGCUGGUUAAGAAUCUGAUUCCUGUUGCUCAUGAGGUUUUUGCUGCCAGAUGUGAACUAUUAUCCUGUGUUUCAAGACUUGUCAACUAUACUGCUAUUUAUGCAUGCAGCUUAUGUGGAGAAGUUCAUGUUGGUCAUCCGCCACACAAAAUUAGAACAUGUGAUGUUAAAGGAAGCCCAUCAAGCAAAGAACAUAGUUGGGUCAAAGGUGGUGUUGAACAUGUUCUGCCACUUGUAGAAUCAUUUCACCUGUAUGAUAGAAUAGGGAGGGCUGUUUCACAUAAUGAAAUGCUUGAAGUUGACCGAAUUCCAGCAAUUGUGGAAUUGUGUGUCCAGGCAGGUUUUGACAUACCAGAGUACCCUACCAGGAGAAGGACCUUCCCUGUUUACUGUGUUGCUGGUAGGAUUAUAGAUUUUGAGAAAAGAUUUCCUAAAGAAAUGUCUCUUGGGGCAGAUAUAGAAGCACAUGGAUUUUGGUAUAAGAAAAAAAAACUCAAUGAAGACACAAAUUCCAUGGUGAUGCAUUCUGACAAUAUCCAAGCUAUUGCUGUUCUGGGCAUGAAAGCCUGGGAAAAAAUGUGCAUAGGAGCUUCAAAACUUAUGGAGAAGUAUCCUGUUCAAACUUGUGGAUAUUGUCCAGAGGUACAAGUGGGGCCCAAAGGUCAUAGAGUUCGAAAUUGUCAAGCUUUCAAACACCAGAUGAGGGAUGGACAACAUGCAUGGCAGAAGGCAACAAUUAAUGAUCUGGCACCUCCAGUGUGUGUCUAUCACAUUCGAGAUCAACAAGCAACAAAACCUUUGGUAAAUGAGUUGAAAAGGUACUAUGGUAUGCUGCCAGCAGUGGUUGAGCUAUUUGCUCAGGCUGGAGCACCAGUUGGAAAGAAUUAUGCAUCAAUGAUGAGGGAAGAUGUUGUAAUCCCUGAAAUCGAUGAGGAAAAGUGGGUUGUUUAAAUCAUUGGAUUCAGUACAUGGAGGAACCAUUUGUGUACUAGAGUAGUCAAAAUAUGAAAAAUUAAGGUUUAAUUACUUUCAAUCAUACAAAAAUAUAUUACAUUAUGUUAGCCUAACUAUGUUACAACUCAAAAUCAAAAUACAUAAUGUAUAGUAGUUAUGCAAUUAUCCAUAUAAAUGCUAUGGAUGGAAGUUGAAUACAAGAAACACACAGCAGAACACAGACACAAAACAUAUCUUUUUUAA